CAACACGAAUCAUCCAUUUUCAUUUCUCUCCUACCUCCGGUAAAUCCCUCGCCGUCAAGGUGACCAUAAAGGAAAUUGAGCUUGUUGUUGUUAUCAGACUGGAAAACCACUCAUGGGUUUCCUUGUAGCCGCCAUUAAUUUUUCUCCUACCUUGAUGUGUCAACAAUUGAAACCGAAGCAUGGAUGUUGUAAAAACGAAAAGCUUCAAGAGAGAUCUCAGGGCUGUGUUCAGUGCCAAUCAUCUUUGUUAGCUCGUCGUGGAUUCUUGAACUGCAUUGGUGCUUCGUUCAUGGCCACACUCGAUUUUUCUGGAUUAGAAGCUCAUGCGGAGGAGAAGGAUGAGGGAGAAGGAGUUGUUGGUGCCUUGAAGUCUCUGUUUGAUCCCAAUGAGAGAACGAAAUCAGGCAAAGAGCUACCAAAAGCUUACUUGAAAUCUGCAAGAGAGGUUGUGAGAACGAUGAGGGAGUCACUGAAAGAAAACCCUAAAGACAAUGCAAAGUUCAGGAGAAGUGCUGACGCUGCCAAGGAAUCGAUUCGUGAUUAUUUGAGCAACUGGAGAGGACAGAAGAGUGUAGCUGAAGAAGAAUCCUAUGCGGAGCUGGAGAAAGUAAUCCGGGCUCUGGCUACAUUUUAUUCAAAGGCAGGUCCAUCUGCACCUCUUCCUGAUGAGGUUAAGGCUGAGAUUUUGGAUGAUCUUAAUAAGGCUCAAGAGUUUUUGUGACAGCAUUCUGAUCGGAUCUUCUCGAGCUAUAGUCUCCAAAAUCGAUAUCCCAAGAGGACACCAUUUUGAUCCUGCAGCUUAACUUUUUUUUUUUUUUUUUUUUUAUGUAACAUGUUUGUAUCUAAUCUCUUAUGAUGUCUUGAUAUAUAAGAAUUCUAAAAACCUGAAAAUCAACAAAAGAACUAUCAGAAUUAAUAUUUUUUUACUCUUAAG